AUGGCGAGACUUAGGGAUGAAAGCCAUUUCUUUCCAGGAGUGCACUCCUCCAACGAAAUUCUAAGCCCCCAGCCCUGUGCCCCUCCCGGCAAGGAGCAUCUACUGGCCACAUUCGAGACGUCCCACGUUCCACACAGCGAUAACGGAUCAGCAACAGAUGGUAGCCGAAUUUCAAGCCAAGACUAUGAAUAUAAUUCAUCCAGCUCCUCGAACCGCCUCUCUACAAGCGACAUAUUCGGCCGUGAAAUAGAUGACGAACUCGAACACAUGAAAUCGCGUACAUCGAGCCGCUCAUCCAUUUCCUCCAUGCCAGCCUCCGUUCUUAUACAUCCUAUCAACGAUAUGAAAUCAAUGCCGCCAAUGAAUCUACACGAGAAAAUGGUCGGCUACACAAUCGAAGAAUCAGAAGCUAGCUUUGGCGACUUCGACGACCCGCCUAGAUCAAUGCGGACGAUUCGACCUCGAGAAGCCGCGUUUCGGAAACCGAGCUCCGUACGCGCUAUACAGAUGCAUACGGAGGACGAGGGGGAGGAAGACGAAUACUUGACUCCGCCAAGACGUCGGGCGGGAAUGCGUUCCCCCGGAUCUUCGCCUGUGAAACGGUCGCCAUAUUACUCGCCAAAUACUACGACCAAUAAACCUAAGCCAAAGAAGGAUUACCCUCUUGUCUUGCUACAUUGCAAUUUGCUUGCCCCCUCCAUCCCAGUUCCUGGUGCGUCAGAGCCGCAGAACCAAGAGAUCGUAGAGGAGGUUCUGCCACCUCAAUACUGGAAACGCUGGCGCCGAUUACAAGAGAAAGUCGGAUCCGGUGUCCUCCGUGACAGGGGUGUCUUAAUCUCUCACCCAGAAGAUUUGUAUGACAUGCUCGAAGAGCGAUUGUUGGAAAGUCUGGAACUGCAAUACGCACGGGUCCACCAAGGUCAUUUCCUCGGUCAUGAGGAAAGCAAUCCCGAAUCUGAGGGUGAGACUUCUGAUCAGAGCGAGAGCGAGACGGAUGGUGAGCAAGGCGAGGAGUGUCCAGACUGCGGUGGGCGUGUUCUUCACCAGACUGAUACCAACCGCAAAUGGGAGAUCCGGGUGUUUGCAGCCAAUGGACUAAUGCGCGCUGGUGCUUGGGCGGCUGCGUGGAAAGAGAUGGAGAAGGUUGAUGUGGAGGUUGGGCUCUGGCUGCCGUCAAACGUGCGCAGGGCAUUAGAGAAACGGAUCUUGGAGGAGCGCGCGUCUGCGCCGAAAGAAGAGCCUCAGGGUAUGCUAGCUAUAUGUGAGGCGGGGACCCAGGACAUGGAUCUUCGGCGCCUUUCUGUUCAAGGUCAAAUCAGGUCUUUUAGUGAGGCUGGGUCCAUUCAACCGUCCGCUCCUCCAGAACCUGCUCCAGUGCCGGCACCAGAGAUCAAAUACAAAGAACCGGAGCACCAGAUUGCCCUCGGGACGUUGCUCAUCAACUACAUUAGGGUGUUGGCUAGUGAUAAGCGGAAUAUAGCGCUGGUGAUCAUGUCUAUCGCUGUCGCAUUUCUUGCUUUUGGAACUGGCCCGCAGCAGCUACAACAGAUGCCCGCUAUGCAAUUCUUCUUCCAAAAUGGGGAGAGAUUGCCCUUCCCUGCCAGUAUGGAAGUGCCCUCGCCAAGCCUGUCCGUUGUCUCUGCGAGUAUCGAGUCUUUGAGUAUUGCCUCUUCUGUCAUGGCUUCUCCAGCCAUUGCCUUUGAGACACCUGUGCAGCUGGAAAGUAUUCCGACAAGUAAUGCAAUGGGGUCUGUGCAAGCUUCGAGCCCGGCUGAGCCUUCUGCUAUUGAGGAUGAGCCUCAACCCACAGAAACGAUGGACUCCUCUAUUGAAGAGCUUGAGGUUGACGCUACUAAUGAAUUCUCCUCUUCCACCGAGGCACCAAGCGAGACGCAGGUUUCUAACGCCAUCGAAGAACCUGAAGUCGAGCCAUUGGACGAAGCUGACUCAUUGGAGGUAUCUGAACAUGAAGAUCCUCUUCCGACCGAUGCGCCAGAAGCCGACUCAUUGGAGGAAGCCAAAGUCGACGCAUUGGGGAAUUCCGAAGAUGACGUUCCCCUUGUCACCGAUGCACUCGAACAGCCAGUUUUGGCGUCUAUUGUUCCAGAAGAACUCACCAAGGACGCCACAGAGACAGAGCUCCCUGAGACUGCCGAAAACGCACAGAAUGCAUCAUUGGAAGAAUCUCAGGAUGAGGAUAUUCUUUCUACCGAUGCUGCUGGGCAGCUCGUUGAGGACUUCAUUCCCUCAGAGGUCAUGCAAGAUGAGGAAGCGAUAACGACCGAAGAGCAAACUGCUGCUCUGCUGGAGUGA